CGGUGGCCGCUCCUCCAUCCUCCAGUUUUCUCCUCUUGCACAGGCAGCAAUGCUAGCUACUCGCCGCUGUUGGAGAAGAAGGGGAAGGGAUCGAUUGCUCUCUCAUGGCCGUCGCGGCAGCCAUGGCGGCAGCCUUCCCCUCACCACUCCCCGCUACCACCUUCAACCCUAAUCCCAGCGCCCACCUCGCCCCGUUCACUCCGCGCUUCCUCGUCCGCCUCCGCCACCCUCCGCGAGGUCUGCGUGGGCCGCGUCCCGGACCACGUCCUCCAGAGGGCUGAGGAGGUAGGGUAUGUCGUGCCCACUGAGGUGCAGGAGCAAUCACUGCCGGUUCUGCUGUCCGGCCAGGAUUGCAUUCUCCAUGCGCAGAUAGGCUCCGGGAAGACGCUGGCCUAUCUCUUGUCGGUCUUCUCCACCAUCGACUUCAGUAGGUCCUCGGUGCAAGCGCUGGUUGUCGUCCCCACUAGGGAGCUCGGCAUACAGGUUACCAAGGUUGCUAGAGUACUCGUAGCGAAG